CAUUUUAACAAAUCAGCAAGAAGAAUCAUUGAACUAAUUAAGUAAACGUCCAUUUUCUGAUUUUUUAAAGCUAACCAUGAUGAGCAUCUUAUUCUGAAAGGUGAGAACUACUUCUAAAGAAGCGUUUUGCAAAGAACAGCACCGAAAAAAGGCUUAGAAUUUUGUCGAUACUACAUUCAUAAGAUGUCUUUUCUUGCCCUUUGGGCUCCUCCUUGAACCACUUGAUGAUUUUAGUACAAGAAAAUCAUAAAAAAUUGACAGCGUCACAUGUGGGUCAGCUCUGCUCAGCCUUGUUUCUCAAUUCUACAGUUCAUGUGGCAGGUCACACAUCCCAAUGCUAUAUACCUUCCCCUGCUAAUAAUUCACAAUCAAUAAUUGCACUUUUCCCCACCAUACUACUCUACUACUCCCCCAAUCUCAGCCUGGCGCUCUUUCCCUCUGCUAAUCAAAACCAAAAAAAAAAAAAAAAAAAAGGCUCCUUUCAAUAUGUGGAAAGACCUCCCUUUUGAUGUUCUAUCCACCAUCUUCUCGUUCCUCUCCCCUGAUUCAUUGGCUCGAGCCAGAUCAGUAUGCAGGCAAUGGCACACCUGUGCCAGAGCCUACCCUUUGGCCUCAGAGUCCAACCACCCAUCUUGGUUCAUUGCCUUGCCUUUGCGCAACCUGACUCAAUCUAACUGCUUCCUUCUCAAUCCGGUCCUCACCAAUUGGCACUCUCUCUCCCUCGAUUUCUUGCCGAUCCCGGUUCGUCCCGUCGGUUCGGUUGGCGGUUUCCUCCUCUUAAGAACCACAAACUCCACGACACUGCGUUUGAUCCUCUGUAACCCUUUUACCAGGCAGUACAAGCACCUUCCUUUGUUGAGCAUUCCCAGGUCCAACCCCGCCGUUGGUGUCGUACCUUUACAUUCUACGUCGUUUCCUAGCUUCAGAGUCUACGUGGCCGGCGGCAUGUCCGAGGCACCGUACGGAGGUGGAGGAGGAGCGACGUACGAGCCGACGUUGGAAAUGUACGACUCAAACCAGGACACGUGGAAAGUUGUGGGGAACUUACCCAUGGAAUAUGCCGUUAGGAUGACGGUUUGGACCCCAAAUGAGUGUGUCUACUCCGAUGACGAUGGGCUUCUCUAUUGGAUCACGUCGGCCCGGGCUUAUAGUUUAAUGGGCUACGAAAUUGGGUCCAAGACGUGGAGGGAGCUGAGAGUGCCGAUGGCGGACAAGCUGGAAUUUGCGGCGCUGGUGUGGCGGAAGGGGAGGCUGACACUUGUAGGUGGCACGUGCGGUGGAGAUGCACGUGUGUGGGAGCUUAGUGAGGGAGAUAAUUGGGUAAUGGUUGAGAAGGUACCGGUGGAAAUGGGAAUGAAAUUUGCGGGGGAGAAGGGAAGCUGGGCUGGUACAAAAUGUGUGGGAAGUGAAAGUGAUGGGGCUAUUUACCUGUAUAAGGAUGUUGGGUCUGGAAUGUUGGUGUGGAAGGAAAAUGGAGAGAAAGGCAAAUGGGACUGGUUUUGGAUUGAUGGGUGUGGUGGUGGUGGUGGUGGUGGUGGUGUUAUUAGAGGCAAACAAGUCUCAAAUUUGCAAAUCAAAGGAUUGCUCAUUCAACCAAAUCUUGCCCUUUCUAGCUUCUUUUAAAUGCAUUACUCUUAAUGCGACAGCUUUAAUUGAUUCAAAUGUGUAUAUAUUCUGUGUUCGCUUCGUUUGCCAA